CACACACAAAAAAGCAACAAAGAGGCGUUAGGGAAGGCGAUGAUUUUCCCUCCUCAAGUUUAAAUUUCAAAAUCAGCAAGAAGAAACGUCUUACUCUCUGUCCUGACGCAAUCAGCGUUGUUCGAUUAAUUUCACACUCCCUCUCUCUCACCAAAUCUUAUUCUUCACACACACUUUCUCUCUCCUCUAAAUCCAUUAUUAUCAGCUUAACCUAAUCUCAUCAUCAUCUUCAUCAUUACAUUUUCCCCCAAUUUUUCACCUAUAAAGAAACCCUAAUUUCAUCAUCCUAUGACAUGCCAGUGACUUACUGCGACGUUUUUGGAUUUCUUUGGCGAUCAGUCCAAGCUAUGGCUUGCUUCUUCGACUGCUUUGGAAUUCGCAACACCAAUCAUCGUCAUCAUCCUCGUCCUCAGCUUCUUCCUGAUUCUCCGACUUCCAAUUCUAAAUCUCAGGUUGUUGCUAAGGAAGAAGCGCGGGAAAAGAUUCGUCUCUCGUCGCUUUUUACAGCCGAAGAGAGAGAUGAAAGUGUUGUGAAAGAUCGGGAGAAUGAAACCCUUGUGCGUCGGGUGGGGCGGUUCGAAGUCGAGGAAGAGCUUGUAGAAGAAGCAAAGUUCCUUAAAGCAUGUGGCACACUGCCAGAGACUCCGGCUGAGAUACGGAGAAGAGUUACCAUUGUGGAAAAUGUAGACAAAUCAGAUGCACGACGACCACACAGUAUGCCAGAAUUUUCACCAGAGACUCCAGUCGAAAUCCAGCAAGCAGAAAGUGUGGCUGAAAAUAUAGAGAGGUCUGAUUUACAUAAUUCUCAUAGUGUUAUGGAGUCCUCACCAGAGACACCUGAUGAAAUACAAACAGUGGGAACUCUUGCUGAAAGUUCAGCAAAAUUAAAUGUCCGUAGACCUCACAGUGUGCUAAAAGCUUCACCGUAUCCAACACCCAAUAAAAUAAGUGAUGACAUGCAAACACCUGGAACUGUAUUUGCGACUAAUAUGAAAAGUCUGUCGAAAGGGAAUGGUCGGAUAAGGUCUCAAUAUGUCUAUACAGUCUUAAAUCCAAUUGAGAAUCUUUGCCAGCUGGAUGAGUUGAAGGAAGAAAAUUCUGUUCAAGCUGCAUCAGAUCAUGAACGGGACCUUUCAGAGCGAGGAAAUGCUACUCCGUCCUCUGCAAUGGGUUCAAGCAAAAAUGAAGUCCAAGAAGAGAAACUCGGAGAUGUCAGUUUAUCGGCAUGGCUAAAGCCUCCACCUUUUAAGGAGGAUGGUCGUUGCGACAACUUUGGAGCGGCCAGGUACAGAAAGCCUAAUAUGGGAAGAACUCCUGGAGACAGGCCUAUUAUUGGAUUGGUUGCUACACACUGGAACGAGCAAGAGGAAGCUUCCCAUAUAUCACCAAAGGGCUGGGAUGGUAAUGGGAUUCCAAAUUCAACAACUAAAUACAAGGAGGAUCAGAAGGUCUGUUGGCAUGCUACUCCAUUUGAGGAGAGGCUGGAAAAGGCGUUGUCUGAGGAAACUUUUCUUCCCCAAAGGAAGCCAAUCACAGGGACACCCAUAACAUUUGAAGAAAAUGAAGGUCAAGAUACUGCUACAUCCCAACUGUCAAUGAGCUGUCCGAAAUCUGUGGUGUCUUUUUGAAUCCUUGCCAUCAAUAUUUUCAUGAAAGUAUGAAAUGGAUUGUGUUUAUUGAUAAAAAAAAUUGAGUGAAAAAUAUGAGGAUCCCUCAUUCCCUUUGAGUGAAUGCUAUCUACAAGAUAUACUAAUCGAGUAGCUACAUUGUUUGGGGUGGGGACUUGGAUGAUUUCAUGAUUAUAAAUGUGAUCUGCAAUUUUUCAGCAGAAUAAAAAUUCAGUAUUGUAUAUAUAGGUUUGAAGAAAGUGAUAUCUGCUGAUGCAAUUCAUGUUCCAUAUUGUGAUGAUUAUCAUUACUUGUGGUUUGUGAUUGUGAUUAAGGUCUU